CAGAUAUUUUUUCGAAAAGUUUGCUAUCCUGCUGUCAGCUGGAAGGGAACAGUUGUGAAGUGGAUAACGUCGGAGUUUGUGUGUUGUGGGUUUCUGCAGUCUAAAAUAUUAUGACAGUUGAUUAGGGCCUGUGAAAAUGUUACUGUUUCGUAUUAUUGAAAUUUUGUGCUUCGCUGCAGUGCUCUUGGCCGAUAAUACUCCACUAACAACAGAGAAGCCCAACAGUUUGCAACAGGACGCAUCUAAAACAGAUGUGCACGAUAUAACUGGGCUUUUUGAGCCCAAUGCAAUAUCUGUAAAUGGCUCUAAACAAAACUAUGAACAUCGUCCGAUUGCUUUAGAAGGAGGUUCUUCUGUGAUUGCCAACGAUACAAUAGUUUCAGAAUCGAAGAGACCGAAGGAAUUGGUUCAAAAACCCAUUUCAGAACAAACUUUGUUUGACAAUGGUACUGGUGUAACUACAAAUCAUUCUAAUAAUUUCCAUGAAGCUAUUCAAACCGAAGGUGGAUUACUGGAGAUACCUGUAAGUACAGCAGCAGCUGGCGAAACCACCAAACUGGUACCGAGUGAAGCAACUGAUUUUAUCAAAGAUUCUUUCCCGUUAAAUGUGGGAGAAGUAAGUGAUCAUCCAUCUGUGGUACCAAGAAAGGGCGUCUCGCCAAAAAUUGUGCCGAGAAAAGGAGCAGAGCCGUAUGAACCAUUUAUUGACCUCGAUGACAACACAGAAAUGAAAUCCGCAUGCAACUGUUGUGAAACGCACAGUUCUGAACAAAACAUUGGAAAUUAUACAGCAGACCCCAGAUGUGUUUCAUGUUGUAACACAACAGGCAGUAAAAAGUCAAGUACUUCAACCACAGGAUUAAAAAAUGACACUAUAGAGAUCAAAAGUACAGGUAACAGCAGUAACCAUGAUGAUUUCAAAAUUGCCAAUAAUAGCGUUAACUCUACAGAUUUCAAAAGCGAAGCAACGCCAAACGAGUCCAAUUCACGUGAUGUGUAUAGAGCUUACCCUCCUCUGAAGAAAAAGUCCAAGCCUCUUGUUACUUCAGAUACUGACAUUGAAAUGAAACAACAAAAAAGUCCACAGUCUUCAAGUUCAGAGAAAAGUGACUUUGUAAUACCUGUGGUUUUGUUAAUUUUAGCAGUACCUGUAGUAGUCGUCCUAGCAAUGCUUUUUUACAGAAAAGGAACAGAAUUUUGGGAACGAAGGCAUUAUAGUAAAAUGGACUUUCUUAUUGAUGGAAUGUACAAUGAGUAAUUCAUAACCACUGCUGUUUUGGAAAAAAUAAGGUGAAUACGAUAACUGGAAUGUAUUUUAUUUCCCGACAUUUUACAUAUUGUAUUAAUAUAUAUAUAUAUAUCUCCUGUGCCGUCCUUAAUGACCUUACUGUCACUGUGACUUUAAAUCCUACAAAACAAAUUGUAUGUUGAAACAUGUUGUGUACCUGUCAGUUGCAGAAUGUUGUAGAUAAAGUCCUCACGAUUGAACAUUUUAAAAAUUCAAACUUUGCAACUAGACUUCUUGUGAUGUUAAAGGAAACUGAACUGGUGAUGGAACGUUGUAAAAGGCAGGCAAAUUAUAGCAGUGCUUUGGUAACAAAAAAGCUAUUUUCGGCCUUUUAUCUGGGAAAAUACUGUGGGUUACCUAGCUACAUAUUAUAUAUGUACUCCUUUUUAAAAUCCAGUAAAACACGAAUUUAUCUGCUGUAAUAUAAAUUUGUAAAAUGUGUUAUUUUAGUGUUUCAUUUUCAGAAUUAUCAUUUAUGGAUGCCAUUACAUACACUAAAAGAAUAUGUGUUUGUUUCCUAGAUUACAAUAAUUAAAAGAAAGAAAAGUCAUCUGCAUUAUCCUACCACAGCUGAAAAUUCAUUGUUCUUAAGAAUAAAAUGCAAAAAAAUAAUUUAUAAAUAAAGCCUUUGACAAUUAUACAACUAAGACCUCUAUUAUUUGCUGGAAAUUAAGCUGAUAGUCAAAAGUGUAGCCCAGUGAGUGCAAGAUAUUGUUUGAAAUAGUUGAAGUUUGUAUUGUAGGAUUUUACACAUUUUUUAUGACAAUAAUAUAUACAUAUUGUGCGUAAUCAAUGUUGCAAGAAAGGCAGAGAAGAUGCAGCAAGAACAUUGCUUUGUAUCAACAUUGCCUAUUCUAUAUUUAACAUGUCGACUGCCACGAAGCUGCUGGCAGCCUCAGCACAGUCUUCUGCUGUAGUUGGUGGCAGCCAUAUGGUAUUCAACAUGUUAGAGAAGUAUUGCAAGAACAAAAACUUAAGAACAUGUGAGAAAUCACCCUGUACUGUUUUGUUGUAGGGCUCUUCUUUCUUGAUUACUUUCUAUUUCAGUGAUAUAGUGCUCAAGGUCUUAUCUGUAUUGUACAGUUAUAUUGUUUUACAUUUAGAGCACAUUGUUUUACUGUUGGAUCCUUUACAACCUCAGCCAAUAAAGACUAGUGUAUCCAUUAGUUUUAUUACAUCUGUUCUAUCAAGACAAAAACACUCAGUCUAGAACUGUUUUAUUGAAUUUUGCAGUUCACAAAUUGUUAUACAGAGACCAACUUUUUGAGUUUUAUGUGUGUGUGUAUGUAUGUAUGUAUGUAUGUAUUUAUGCAUGCAUGCAUGCGUGCACUAAAGUUGAAGUAAUUUUUUUAAGAAAUAUGCUGUGCUUUGUGGUGGUUACAGAGAAAAUUUAAAAUAAAUUACAGAUACCAACUUCUCAGAAUGAGACUAAACAUGCAGCCAAAUACAUGUUCCAUGUUUAUUGCCAUAGUCUCAAACAUAGUAAAACCAACAGAACUACUGUCUUUAGGAAUCUUACGUGCUUUUGAGCUAAUGAAACCACUUGUUCAUGAAAGCAUGUGUUUUUCAGUUGUAUAUGAGAAUGAAUAUGCUUUUAUGAUCAGAAAGAAGUUGUUAUAUUUAUUAAACAUAUUGACUGCCGCAGUCAUACUGAUGAAUGUUUCACCGCCAGGCCUCGGCGGCAGGCUUUAGUUCUGCUGUGGCCUUGUGACAGUCAUCAUGUUAAAGUAGACUCUGAAACAAGAUCUUUUAUUUAUUUUGAAUCCUCGCCAAUCAGUAAGAAGGUUGUUAACACCCUAACUUACUGCUUCCUCUUUAAAAUGUUAAAAAUGUUGCCAAACUUGUGCUUGUGAAUUGUAAGUCAUGAAAUUGAUGUCAUAUGUAGCAAUGUAAAUGGGCAUGAACUGUUUGUUAUAUCAGUUGGGCAUAUUUCAUUUAAUAUUCAAAAUCCUCAUGAUUAUUAAAUUUAAGCUAUUGUUUAGUUUAAAAAGGGAUGGGGAGGGGUGUGGUUUAAUGUGCCCUCAGUUUUUAAGAUUUCCUGACAGAAAAUGUGAAUGGAUGUAAGAAAACUCAGAAAAGUUUGUUAUGUGAAAUGUUUGAAUGAGGUGUAUAAUCUGCUUUAGAAAUCACAUGUAUCAUCAGAUGGUACUCACAGUAACAUAAAAACACAGGGUAAAUCUACCAUAGUGCAAACUAUUUGUACCCAUAUUCUUAAAAAGUAUGUUAUAAGGUUAGCAGGCAAUGCUGUACACUCUGAGAUCAAGUGAGUUCUUCUGACAGCUUUAACUACAGAACAUCUAUGUAUUUUGUUAAUAAAUGGAAAACAUAAUACGCCUUGUACUGGACCAGAGUUGUGUUUGGGUUAAUUGGUUGUAUAGUGUUUUCUCGAGUAUUUAGAGCUUUUAAUGUGUUGCUGCAUUAAUAAGCUGGAGCCAGUCAUAUACCUAUGAGCACAGUCGAAAACAUGUUUUUGUUUCAAAAACUUUUGAACUGUUAUUGGGUAAUCUGCAUAUAGCAAAACUUUUAAGCAGUUAACCAGGGGUGUCUGUAUCUACAGGUAUUUCCUGUUCUAAGAAAUUGGACUAUUCAGAAACUGAAAUAACUCACUAAUGUCUUAAUCCUGCUAUUCAUUACUCAAAAGUCCAACAACAAGGAAAGUGACAGUCUGUUUGCUUAUAUACUAAUAAAAUUCAAGUCUGUGAUUAAUUUGCCUGAUUUGUUUCCAGUUAUUUUCCUUUCCUUAUUAUGGUCUUUGCAUUUAACAUUUCCAUACAUACCUUGUAAAGAAGUACUUUAAUUUUAAGUGUCUGCAAUUAUGAUUGUCAGCCUUUUUGUACAGUUUUUUUUUUUUUUAAAGUACUGGGACCAACAAUUAAAAUUGUCUUUACUGUAAACCUUAAUCAUCAUUGGGUGCAAGGUUUAAUAUUAUACACGACUUUUUUAUGGUGUGUUAGUUAUGCAGUUCGUAAUUUAAGUUAGCGCCAAGCUUGCUUGCUAGCUUGCUUGCUUCUGUCAAUCAUACAGUUUGUGUGAAACUGAGGCCACUGAAAUUAUGUAUCAGUGUAACAACUCUACAAGAUGUUGGAUACUGAAAAAGUCUCUGCAUGAGGGCAAAGAUAAUGAACAUAUCCUAUUGUACAAAUCUUGCUGUUCUCAUAGCCCUUGUAUGACUAUAAUGUAGCUCAUUCAAGAGCUGUAUAAACAUGAUCCUUAGGUUAUAUAAAAUUUGAAUAGAUUGUGUGAUGGGUAUCUCAAUGUUUGGAGGUUAUAUAAAAUUUGAAUAGAUUGUUUGAUGGGUAUAUCAGUGUUUUGUUGCUGCAAGGCAGUGGCACUAUGUAUUAAUUCACAUUUACAGCUUGCUGGUAUUGCUAUGAUUGAUCAUUAGCUUUUGAUAUUUCUUAAAAUUGGGAGGGCGAGAUAAUGACGAAACGAGUGUGGCAUCACGUGAUGUGCACUAUAACACAGAAUUCAGUUGGAGUGGCCUUCAAAAGGCUGGAAAUAAUGUACUGUCAGAAAUUACAUGUUAAUGAUAAAGACUGCCAUAUUCAAAUGUAAUCUGCAAUACUUGUAUCUAGUUUUGCACUUCAGUAACAUCUUGUUUAAUACUGAAAUAAAGGUUGGCAGUUUUAGUAUUAGAUUUGUUAGCUCGCAUAAAUAAUUUCAACAUAUUUUUGUAUUGUAUAUAUGUCAAUAAUUUUUUAUUGUUUUCUAAUGUAAUGUGAUUGUAAAUAAUGUGUUGAGUAAAUCUUGCGAAGAAAAUUAUAAA